AUGGCCCACCGGACAGGCCAUGCGCUGAUGUUCCUGGGUGCUUUGCUCACCCUUUUGCACGAACUCCUCGGGCCGACAACCAUGUUCACCUCCAGUGGCGUGGGCGCAAAAAGUCGGGCCGAAGCAGAGGCUUUGGCAUUGAAGUUGGGCCUCGGGCGCCCCGCCACGUUGAAGGAGUUCCUUCUGGACAAUUCCUAUGUUCCCCCGGCCGUAGAGUACAAAGUGGCGUCCCGAGGGAAGUACUACGUGGCGACAGCAGUCGUGGGUGGAAAAGCCUACCAGGGUGCACCUGCUGAGACCUGCCUGGGAGCCGAGAGUAGCGCAGCACAUGCUGUGCUGCGGUCUCUGCGCCUGUUUGCCAGAGACAACGAGGCAGGGAGGAUGCAAAGUGCUGCGCCUGCCAAAGAAGGUUACUUUGAGCUACCACGUGGGCGCAGCUCCCGAGAAACAUCCAGACUGGCCUCAGGCGGCAAAAGAGAAGGAAACCUGCGCUACAUCGAGCGCAUUAGUGGAGCAAAACUGGAGAUGACAAAGUCCUCAUCCAUAAAGGUAUCGGGA